AUGCCUCUGUCUGGGAAGACUCACGGCGUGAAGAGGAAAAGACCCCUCGAGGUUAAAUCACAUCCUUCAAAGCGUUGUCUGCGUGACACUCAUAUUCUGGACAGGACGACGACGAAACUAGAUUGCGGCGAAAGCUGGUACCACCACGAUGUCAGAGAGAUCCGUCAAGUCACUAAGAAAGCAAAGGCUUUCGAGAUUCGGAGAACGUUCAAGAAACUAAAGAAAGUUAGACAUGGUGACCCAGGAGGCGAGGAGACAAAAGACCUCGAGGAACAAAUUGAGGCACUCAAACACAUGGAUUGCAAACAGAUAGCGAACACUGCACUAACCACUAAAAUCAAGAAAGACAAGGUUCUUUCAGAAAAUCCUCUCGUCCAAUCCGCCGUCUCUUCGGAGCUAACCUCAAAUUCUCUCGCACCUGCGCCGUCCGGAACGCCGAAAGCAAAGGCGCAAAGCCGUUUACUCAGUUCGAAAUUGCUCGCGACCGAGAUCACCGCAGUCUUGGAAGCCCUUCGGAAUCAUUUAAUUCCCACAUCUGAUAUAGGUGGAGUGUCGGACAAUGAUGAGAAGGUCAUACUGGGAAGUGCAAAGAGAAGAAAAGAUAAGGAUCGAAUGAAUAGCCCAGUAUCUCCAUUGGAGUCGGAUUCGGACGAAGGAUAUUCUACCGGUUCUCAUGAUGACGAAGAAAGGGUGGUGGCUGAAGACGACGGUUGGCAAUCACGUACCGUAAGUGACGAACAAAGUGCCCUCGACGGGUGGGAGUCAGGGACCAUUGACGAUAACUCUGAUUACAACAAAGAGUCGGACGACGUAUCCGAUAUCGGCAAUCAAGUAACCUCGCCAAGCGGCAUAGUGACGCAGACACGAAAUUCGGCGUCGUUAUCUAAAGGCGAAUCUGUUUUCCUCCCAACACUUUCCGUUGGGUUUGCACGUGGUGGUGGUUCAGAUAGCGAAUUCAGCGAUAGCGAAGCCAAAGCGGCUGAUGGAGUCAAAAAGAACCGCCGUGGACAGCGGGCUCGCAGGGCUAUAUGGGAAAAGAAAUACGGAAAGAAUGCCCACCACGUCAAGAAACGGCAAGAACUAGGUCAAGGAACGAAACGACCAGGUUCUGCUGCGAAGGGGCAGAAGACAUCGAAACAGUCUCCGAUGGCCCGUCGUGAACAGAAGUACGAUAAAGACGCUCGCAUGCCGAAGCGGGCGAGAGUCAACAAGCCGGUGUCCGAUCGGGCGGUGCGGAAAGGGGCAUCAGCAAGCACUGAUCCGCCUCGGACAAGAACGGAGCAGCAAGAUGAGCGGCCGUUGCACCCUUCUUGGGAAGCAAAAAAGAAACAGAAAGCAAUUGGAAUCGUGCCAUCUCAAGGAACGAAGAUAAUCUUCGAUUCAUAG